UCGGAGAAGAAGAACGACAGCGCCCGGGAAGGACCUUUUAUGUCACACCAAGUGCCGCGAGAUCUCGGCUGCCCCGCCCCGAUUACGAGUACGCGAGAGCCUAUAAAACAGCAUGUGAUUGGCUCCGUGGGGGCGCGCGCCUGCGUGCCUGCGGGUCCGCAGCCCCGGGAUCUGCGUGACGUGGGACCGGCUAUAAAUGCCCGCGCAGCGGCAGAUUAGCCUCUCGGGCUGCAGGACACCCGGAUGCCGAGCCUGAGGACUACGCCGCCAGUACUGCGGGGGGCGGGGGAGGGGGCUCUGCUCUCCUCUUUCAAUAAAAGUAGUGGCGGCUAUGAUCUCAACCUCUUCGCCAGCCCUCCUGACUGCAACUUCCUGUGCUCCGUCUGCCACGGGGUUCUCAAGAGGCCAGUGAGGUUGCCAUGUAGCCACGUCUUCUGCAAGAAGUGCAUCCUCCAGUGGCUAGCCAGACAAAAGACCUGUCCAUGCUGCAGGAAAGACGUGAAGCGGAAAAAGAUGGUCCAUGUGAAUAAACUCCGGAAGACCAUCGGCCGCCUGGAAGUCAAGUGCAAGAACGCUGAAGCUGGCUGUGUGGUCACGUGUCCCCUGGUCCAUCGCAAGGGGCACCAGGACUCAUGCCCUUUCGAGCUGAUGGCCUGCCCCAACAAGGACUGCACGGCACGAGUGCCUCGUGGGGCCCUGGCCGAGCACCGGCAGCACUGCCCGCAUGGUGCCCAGCAGCGUUGCCCCCUGGGCUGUGGAGCCACCCUGGGCCCAGCCGAGCGUGUACGCCACAACUGCUACCGCGAGCUGCGCAACGCCUGGACUCAGCGGCAGGAGCGCAGCCGGACCCUGGUGCUGGGCCUGCUGCGGCGCAUGCGCAAGGUGUACCGCACCACCAGCCUCAUCCGCCGGCAGCUGGCCCAGCUGGGAGACUUCCUGGAGGAGGAGGAUGCCCUGCUCCUGGGCGGCCCCCAAGAGGAGGCCGAGGCCACCCCAGAAGGCAGCACUGAGGCUGAGGGUGGGGAACCCAGGGCCAAGCUACCUUGUAAAUAG